AUGGCUGGCCGAUCUAGUCAAGAUUUCCAAGCCGGAAAAACUGGCACGACCACGCGCCAAACACGAAGCCAGACACAGAAGAACGCCAACUCUACAGCGGGUGGUGAGCAGUUGAGGCCUGAGGCCCGGGACUUCAUAACUAAGGGCCCGCAGAUUCCGGAAGGAGACAUGCCGGCAAGAGCCCCACGGGAAGAAAUCGAUGCUCGAAUGAAGGAGCUCAAUAAGAGGGAUCUUAUGUGGAGAUGUGGUGAAGAUGCUAGUCUUACAUGCCUAGCUGACCGUCGUACUAGCUACUGCGAGUAUCCAGGGCAAAAUGGAUCAGGCAUAUAG